UAUAAUGUUUUUACACUAUUUUUUAUUUUUUAGAGCUAAAAUGACUUUUUUUUAAAUGGCAUCACUUAUUCAGCGUAUUGUGCGGCAAGCAGCAACUACAUUUCCAAAUAGUCUUACUGUAUCAUCAAAUUUAGAGAACCUUAUUGCAUUGGUAGAAGGUCUUACUGCUAAUGAUCUUGGAUUGAAAGCAGAUGCCAAAGAUGCAUUAGCGAUAUAUCCACAAGCCCCUGUUACACACGUUAGUAUUUAUGAAGGGAAAAAUUUUACUAUGGGUGUGUUUAUAUUGCACCCAGGAAUGGCCAUACCUCUUCAUGAUCAUCCUGGAAUGAAUGGGAUAUGUAAGGUACUUUAUGGAUCAAUAAAGCUGACUUCUUUUGAAGGUCUACAGUCAAGAAAUUUUAUGAAAGGAGGAACUUCAAAAUAUGUACAAGUCAAACGAAUCCCAGAGAAGAUACUUACUGCAGAUACGAAAUCUCAGUUUUUUUUGCCAAUCAGAGAGAUCUAUCAUUCGAUGAAAGCCACAGAUGGUCCAGCUGCAUUCUUUGAUAUUCUUGCACCACCAUACAGAACAAAGGAUUAUAAGACUGAUUGUCAUUAUUUCAGAGAGCUAACAGUUUCAGAACAUCCUGAGAUUGAUUUAGAAAAAUUAAAAGAAUACAAUGAAAUGUUAAACUUGGAAGAAAAACUAAACUUAGAGGAUUUAACUUGGUUAACAGAAGUUCCUACUCCAUUGGAUUACUACUGUAACACAUUGGAAUAUACUGGACCAACGUUUAGUGUAAAAUCAUGACAUUUUCAAACCUAUAGAGAAUAUGGUGUACUGAAUUUAGUGCUCUUUUCUGCAUACUUUCUAAAAAACUUGUUUGAGCCUUAUUAUUGGAAUUUGAUCAAAAAAUUUAUCCAAGGAACGUUUAACGUGACGAAUUUUUUACUUUAUUUUUAACAAAUAACUUUUUUAAUGUUUCGUUCACAAAUUAUUUUACAGUUAUGCAAUUUUUAAAUGAUAGUUUUUUAACUUCUAUGUUUGUCUUUGUCAACAAUUAUAAAGCUUUUUUUUAGAGUAUUAGGUAUAUGAAAUUUUGAAACUAUUUUACAGGUCUGUAAAUGUAAAUUCAUAAAAUGUAUGUUUAGUAAAA